GAAAGAGGCCCGGAAUCACGGACCGGCCCCCUCCACCUUUCGGUUUCGCUCAUGAACCCCCGGGUGGUGAAAACCGAGGCGGCCGACGAGCGCCUCACGCCGCCGGCGACUGGCGCGGCCCCCGCCGGCGGCGGCGGACCGCGCGCCCCGGUUCAGUUCAUAGAGCUCAGCAGCAGCGAUUCCGACUCUGACGGCGGCGUCGGCGGCAGCGCAAAGAGGUCCCGCAGCGCGGCAGGGGACAGCGCCGCGGGGAAGCGGGCUAGGGUUUCCGCGGGGCCCGUGGUCGGCGUGGACGUGCCACCAGGCUUCCUCGAUCCGCUACCGGCGCCUCCGCAGCCGUCGAGGGGCGCGACGAAGCAGUUCUGGAAGGCCGGGGACUACGACGGGAACCCGGCCGGGGGCUUGGAGCCGCCGCCAUCUGCAUCUGGAUUGGAACAUGUCCGCGUACAUCCUAAAUUUUUGCACUCAAAUGCAACAAGCCACAAGUGGGCUCUAGGGGCUUUGGCUGAGCUUCUGGACAACUCACUCGAUGAAGUUAGAAAUGGAGCUACGUUUGUGAACAUUGACAUGUUGGAGAAUAGUAAAGACAAAACAAGAAUGCUCCUUGUUGAAGAUAAUGGUGGUGGAAUGGACCCAGAUAAAAUGCGUCAGUGCAUGUCCUUGGGUUAUUCGGCCAAGAGCCAAGUUGCAAAUACCAUUGGACAAUAUGGAAAUGGUUUCAAGACAAGUACAAUGAGACUUGGUGCUGAUGUUCUGGUCUUUUCCCGUAGCCGUGGAAAAGAAGGCAAAAGGCCUACACAAAGCAUUGGCAUGCUAUCUUAUACCUUUUUGAGGAGCACUGGUAAAGAGGAUAUUGUUGUUCCAAUGAUUGAUUAUGAAAAAAAUGGACUGAAUUGGACAAGAAAGCUGCGGAGUACAUUUGCUGAUUGGAAUACAAGCCUACAGACUAUCAUUACAUGGUCGCCUUAUGGAACUGAAGCAGAACUACUUGAACAGUUUAGUUCUAUAAAGGAACAGGGGACUCGAGUUAUCAUUUACAAUCUUUGGGAAGAUGACCAAGGAGAUUUGGAACUCGACUUUGAUGCUGAUGUAAAUGAUAUUCAACUCAGAGGCGGUAACCGUGAUGAGAAAAAUAUCGAGAUGGCUAAGCGGUUUCCUAACUCCAAGCAUUUCCUUACAUAUAGGCAUUCAUUGAGGAGUUAUGCAUCUAUUUUGUAUCUCCGACUUUCGGAUGCUUUCCAAAUAUUUUUACGUGGAAAAGAGAUUGAGCACCAUAAUAUUGUGACUGACAUGAUGCUGAAGAAAGAGGUUACAUACAGGCCGGUUGCAACUAAUGGACUUCCAAAAGAUUCAAAUAUGGUAGCUGAUGUGACGAUUGGCUUUGUUAAGGAUGCAAAAUUCCAUAUUGACGUCCAAGGAUUUAAUGUAUAUCACAGGAACCGUCUGAUAAAGCCUUUCUGGAGAGUGUGGACUGCUGCGGGAAGUGGUGGGCGUGGUGUUAUAGGUGUACUUGAGGCUAACUUCAUAGAGCCAGCUCAUGAUAAGCAGGACUUUGAGCGCACAACUCUUCUAGCAAGACUUGAAGCACGAUUAAUUCAAAUGCAGAAGGAUUACUGGUCAGGAAAUGCUCAUCGGAUUGGUUAUGUUGGAGCUCGCUCUUUCAGAAGUCCUGAAACAGGAAGAGAAAACUCUCCUGAAGGUUCCCCAGGAGCACAACCAUCACCAGGUCAUUCUGGGAAAGAUUAUCCAAAACAGCGCAACGCUGGUAAAUCAUAUUCUGCCUCCAGUAAAAAGAGCGGGAAAACAAGCACACCGUUUAGUUGUCAACAGGCUGAGAAGUCUGCCAGGACUAAGCGAUCUGCAGGAUCAAUACUGCAUGGGUUACCAGACACAAGUGAUGACAGUGAUUCUGAGUUUGUGAACACACCGUCAUUAAGUUCAAAAUCUCAUAUCCUGAAUGCACAUAGAAAAUAUUUCCAGAAUGAGAAUACUAGUUUGGCAACACCCGCGUCCAAUGGAACAACAGAAAAAGAAAGAAGCAUAACCAAAUCCCAGUUGGCGGAACCAAAUGCAAGAAGUAACGUUGAUGGACAUUCCAUUGAUGAUCAUGAACCUGUAAUCAAGCAAUUGAGGGAUGAAAAUGCAUCAUUAAAGGAAAGGUUAUUGAUUGUGGAAGAGGCAACGUCACAAGAGCUGGUUAUGGAGCGGGACAAGGUCAAGUCUUUGACAGAGAGGCUGGAGGAUCUGCAGAGACAACUUGAUACUGCAAACAAGGAACAAGAAGCACUGAUCGACAUCUUUUCAGAAGAAAGAAGUCGGCGAGACGAAGAAGAGGAAAAUCUAAGACAGAAGCUAAAGCGUGCUUGGUCUUUGAUUGGCAGGAAGCAUCGAACACCAUACAAGAGUUGCUGCUGGAGAAAUCAAACGCUGGCAGGAAAGGUCAAAAGGUGUGAGAAACUUGCUACCGCCUCACUAACCAGAGUGACUCCAGUUUCAUGUUUUCACGCCCUGGGGCAUGGCAUCGCAGUUGCUUCUGCAACUCUAGCUUGUGUACGGCCAAUGUUUAGCCCCGCCCCACCUUUGUUUAGAGAGUGGUAGUUGAAUCAUCUCGUCCAGGGUAAGCUUCGAGCGCUUUGUGCAUAGCCAUGAAUGAGAUGACCAAUAAGUUGAUUCAAUGUAAAGUAGAAUAACCACUUGUUCGUACGGCCGUUGGCGAUUCCACGUUUAGCCCGUCCUAAAGUUGAGUGGUACUUGCAUCA